GUCUACUUCCGGGACGCGGCCGGCAGCGGCCGGCCUGGCUGCCUCGCCAUGUCCACGCUCUUCCCUUCGCUGCUGCCCCGCGUUACCGAGUCCCUGUGGUUCAACCUUGAUCGGCCUUGCGUGGAUGAGACCGAGCUGCAGCAGCAGGAGCAGCAGCACCAGGCCUGGCUCCAGAGCAUAGCAGAGAAGGACAACAACCUGGUGCCCAUCGGGAAGCCAGCAUCUGAGCAUUACGACGAGGAGGAGGAGGAGGACGAUGAAGAUGAUGAGGACAGCGAGGAGGACUCUGAGGAUGAUGAGGACAUGCAGGACAUGGAUGAGAUGAACGACUACAAUGAGUCCCCUGACGAUGGGGAGAUCAAUGAGGUGGACAUGGAAGGGGCAGAGCAGGAUCAGGACCAGUGGAUGAUCUGAUUCUGCCAGGAUCACAGCACAGCUGAGGCUGGGGGAGGGAGGAGGAGCAAGAUCCUUCCCCCAGCACCCUGCUGGCAGCAGAGGUGGAGGUUUGGUGAAGCUUCUCCUGCCCUGGUAGGGCACAGAGGGAAGCUGGAGAAGUGGAGAGGUUGGCACUGGGCAG